AUGUUAAAAGAGGGCUACUGUUUCGUUUUGCCCGGUAAAAAACCGGCGUCGAUAAUGUUUACCAAUUGCUCCUCCUUCCCGACGUCAUGUCUCAUCCACUUGAAUAGCUGCCACGGUGCUUUCCUCCCCCGCCGGUGCGUCCCCCAACUCAGUUUACGGACCACUACGUCCAGCCGUGGCCGCACUCUCUCCAUUCGUUCCUCUUCUGAUCAUGCCGCCAUGGUAAUAGAUGAAUUCUCUGUGGCAUGUAAUAUAAUGCGCGAAAUCAGAACCGAAAUUUCAAGAAUGAAUAAAUCAAUCGGUGCGGUUCCUGGAUUAGCAGUAAUCCUUAUUGGGGGUUCCCCCGAAGUUUACAAAAUACUUGGUGGUCUCGCUGGAGUCAACACAACCGUAGUUCGUCUAGCUAAAGAUGUCUCAGAGGAGAAGGUGUUGAAAUAUGUCUCACGCUUCAACGAUGAUCCUCGUUUCCAUGGAAUCCUUGUUGAGUUGCCUCUACCACCGCAUAUGGAUGAACAUAACAUAUUCAAUGCGGUUAAUGUAGAGAAAGACGUUGGCGGAUUUCACUCUCUAAAUAUCGGGCGCCUUGCUAUGCGAGGAAGAGAACCCUUGUUCGUUCCGCGUAGUCCACAAGUAUGCAUGGAGCUGUUACACCGGUCCAACAUUGAGAUCAAAGGAAAGAGAGCUGUUGUUAUCGGAAGGAGUCACACUUUUGAUAUACCAGCUGCUCUGUUACUGCAGAGAGAAGAUGCAACUGUUACCAUUAUCAAUUCAAGAACCAAGAACCCUGAAGAAAUUACAAGACAAGCUGAUAUCAUCAUCUCGGGAUUUAGGCAACCAAACAUGGUCAGAGGAAGCUGGAUAAAACCGGGCGCCGUCGUUAUCAAUGUUUGGACUAGUUUAGUUGUGGAUCGAAAUGAUCCGAGUGGCUUCCGAGAUGUCAGAGACAUUUGCUAUGAGGAGGUUUCCAAAGUUGCAUCAGCCGUCGCCUCUGUUGAAUGUCACAGAGGAGUAUUUCCCAUAGUCGUGCUUCUAUCCAACACUUUAACAGCAGCCAAGAGAAAACACAACUUCAUGUAA